AUGAGCUUGAAUGGAGAAGCUUCAGCCAAAAGAGGCAGAGGCCGUAGGUCCUCCAAGUCUCGCUCCCGUUCACAAAAAGCAGGAUUGAAUUUCCCGGUCGGAAGAAUUGAAAGGCUUCUGCGGGAAGGCACCCCUGCCACUCGAUUCAGCGCCGGUGCACCAGUUUACUUAGCCGCUGUUUUAGAAUACCUGGCUCUUGAGGUGUUGGAGCUUGCAGGCGACAUGGCCAAACAGGCCAACAAAACUAGAAUUCUCCCGACACAUAUUCAAGUGGCUGCGCAAACUGAUAAUGAACUGCAGGAACUAUUUGGGAAUGCUACAAUUCCCAGUGCUGGUUUGUUGAGCAAUACUCGUGCCGAGUUUUAUCCAAAGAGUGGUGAAGGGCCUCUAAUCUCAAUCCCAAUGAGCUCGAACAGAGAAGCUUCAGCCAAAGGAGGCAGAGGCCGUAGGUCCUCCAAGUCUCGCUCCUGUUCACAAAAGGCAAGAUUGAAUUUCCCAUUCGGAAGAAUUGAAAGGCUUAUGCGGGAAGGCAACCCUGCCACUCGAUUCAGCUCUAGUGCGCCAGUCUACUUGGCAGCUGUUUCAGAAUACCUUGCUCUAGAGAUGUUGGAGCUUGCAGGCGACACGGCCAAACAGACCAGCAAAACAAGAAUUACUCCGACACAAAUUCAAGUGGCUGUGCAAACUGAUAAUGAGUUGAAGGAACUGUUUAGGAAUGCUACGAUUCCCAGUGCUGGUUUGUCGAGCAAUAUUCGUGCAGAGCUUUUUCAUAAGAGUAAUGAAGGAAAUCAAUGA